AUGCUGGGAAAUAUUGCAAGUGACCUUGACACCCUCCUGACUGACCUGUGUGAUGUAAGCAAGAGCCAUAGCAGCAAGGAAGACCUCCCCUGCACAAGUGUUACAGUGAUUUCUGGUGAUACUCUUGGCAAAGAUUCCUUUUUCUCAACUGGUGAAACCAGCAGAAGGCAAGGGGAUGCUGUCAGCAACCACAGUUUGGUGAGUUUAAGUGAUGACCACAAUGACUCAGGCUCAGUGGACAGUGGUCAUGGUGGGCGAUGCAGAUCUGGACCAUCGCCGCUGGUGUUUGAUCCGCAUCAUUUUGGUUCACAGCAAGGCCAGUGUGCCUCCCCUGUAACAGUGAGAUUGGAGGAUUCUUCUAGUAUGGAUGAACUUCGACCCAUCAGCAUAGUGGAAAGGUUAAUCAAGACUAACUCUAUAUGGCUUCUAGCUACCAUGAGCAGGGCUGGAGCGGUGCAUAUUCUAAAGGACAGGGAGACUGGGGUUUUCAUUGUCAGAAAGUCAAGCCAGCCCAACUCUCUAGCCCUUAGUGUCCAGUCACAUUUGUCUGACCAUUCAACUGUUGACCAUUAUCUGAUAGAAGGCACCAACUAUGGGUUCAGACUGCAAGGCUCAACACAUUUCUUUCACUCAAUCCCAGCACUGAUAGCAUACUAUGUAGAAAACACUGAUGAAAUUCCAUACUAUUUACGGUUGCCGUCUGCUAUCCAGCAAGCUAGAUCUACAAGGGAAUUAGCCUCUUUGGAUAUGCUGGGUCAAGAUUUCUGGGUAUCAUCCCUGUCCAGAAAGUCUCCAUCUCUGCAAAUGUCUGGAGUCUUGCACAAAUCUUGCAGUGAGCCAAUAAAUAUUCAACGGCCAGUUCAUACUACUACUGUAAGCGGGGAAAGUAACACACAUAACACAACUGCUUCCAAGUCAUCCUCAGACUUUUCACACUUCAUGAAGAGCCAAGUGGAGAUGAAACAAUAUUUCCAACAGCACUUACCUGACUCUUCAAAUGAAAUUCAUAAUAUGAAUGCUCAUGCUGCUCUUAACCUCCAGUGCAAUCUAGUCUCAUCUAAAUCUCAAGCCACUUCUAGUCCUUUAACUUCAGAGCCACAAAAUAAUAUUAAUCAUAUGUUAAUACAUGGUGCUCAAAAUGUUGAUGUAUACAAAUCAAACCCAAGCAACCAGCCUAUGAAAAAGGAGGAUGGUACUGCCUUUGUUCAACAGUAUUCAAGAAAUGGUGAUUCUAUUGACUUUCAAAGCUUUCAAGGUAAACAAUCAAAUUCUUCACGAGAAUGCAUCACAAAGGAGCGAUCUUGGACACACCCUGGGUCGGUGCCACAGUUUAAAUCAAAUCUUUAUUUUACCACAAAUCUGGACCUCUUGAAUAUUCCGGAGAACAGUUACUUCAUGUCAAGCUUGUCCGACAAACUCAGUGACUAUGAGGAUAUAUGGAGAAGCUCCAACUGUGAAGGAGAUGCUGACAGAAUGACCACUAAGAUGAUACAGGAUCCACGCACCAUUUUGGAUGUCAGAGUCAGCAGUAAACAUCAUAAAAAGAAUGGCUCAGAGGGUAAGAGGAAAAUUUUGAGGAAGACCAGUAAG